AACAGCGUUUCUUGCAACCUUUUAAUUCCGUAUUUUCGUGUCUCUGUGCGCGUUCAUUUUCUCUGCUGUGUGUUCCCGGAAGCGUUCAUUUUCAUUCCGUUUGUUUGUUUUCGGUUUCCGGUUUUCGGUUUCUCCGCCGUCUCCGCAGACAAAAAGAAGAAGAGGAGAAACGAUGUCUUCAGCGGAGGCGGGGAGGAUGGAGCCGCUGACGUCAGGUGCGAGCAACCGUAUAAUUCCGAUCAUGAAGGCUCUGAGAGCUUCAUUGAUCUUCUACACGUUCUUCCUCUCGUUCGUUCUCUUCGUUCUCCCUCGCCGUUCUCGCCGUGGCACCCUAGCCGGUGCGCCGCCUUCGUCGCCGAGGAAGCACUUCAAGAAGAGAUGGCUUGUUAGGGAGGAGGAGGACACGUGCCGGAGGAGAGCCCUCGCUCAGGACGUUGGGAUGGGAACCGAUGACUGGCUAUGCCGGUGGAGUACUUCAAUCUUCUACGGCGUUAGGAACAACGCUCUUUUUUGUCGCCAGUGGUUCCCGGUUGCCGGUGAUCUUAAGGGCAUUCUGGUAAUCAUUCAUGGGCUUAACGAACACAGUGGAAGAUAUGCUGACUUUGCAAGGCAAUUAACAUCAUGUAGCUUUGGUGUCUAUGCAAUGGACUGGAUAGGUCAUGGAGGGAGUGAUGGAUUGCAUGGGUAUGUACCAUCUCUUGAUCAUGUGGUUGCAGACGUAGGUGCUUUCUUAGAAAAGAUAAGAUCAGACAAUCCCGGUGUACCAUGCUUUCUCUUUGGACACUCCACUGGCGGGGCUGUGGUUUUGAAGGCGGCCUCCCACUAUCAUAUUAAAGCAAUGGUGGAAGGAAUCAUAUUAACUUCACCAGCGUUGCGUGUGAAGCCAGCUCAUCCAAUUGUUAAUGCUAUUGCUCCAAUGUUGUCUCUGUUAGCUCCAAAGUACCAGUUUAAAGGAGCAAACAAAAGGGGUAUUCCGGUUUCAAGGGAUCCGGCGGCUUUGUUGGCCAAGUACUCUGAUCCAUUGGUCUACACUGGACCUAUAAGGGUCCGAACGGGCCACGAAAUACUGAGAAUUUCCUCUUACCUUAUGCGGAACUUCAAGUCUGUGACGGUGCCAUUCUUUGUCCUCCACGGAACUGCCGAUAAGGUUACUGAUCCCCUGGCCUCACAGGAUCUAUACAACAUGGCGGCUUCUGAGUUCAAGGACAUAAAGCUGUAUGAUGGCUUCUUGCAUGACCUUCUGUUCGAGCCUGAGCGCGAAGAGGUUGCUCAGGACAUCAUUAACUGGAUGGAAAAGAGGUUGUUAACUCUUUGAAAAUGUCAAUGAUAUCCGGGGUUCUUAUUGCAAGGGCUAAGACAAUAAAGAAAAGGAAUGCCAUGUCUGUUUUGACAGUAUAAAAAUGAAGUCGCCCCAGGAAAGGGCUAAAGGGUGGCGGAAGCAGUUAGGAUUUUGCUCAUUUCAUCUCUUGAACUUAGGUAUUAGAUAUAAAAUAUUGGGAUUCUCUGGGGAUCGAUGGUUUCAUCAAGAAAACAUGUACAUUUAUUAGCUGACUUUAUAAGUUUCAGUAUUGUUUUCUUCCCGCAUUCUUCCAAUUUGUGAUCCUCUGAUCUUUUCUAUGUAAUAUAUAAAAUUAUUGCA